AUGAGUCGUCAGCAAGAAUCACGGCAACGACCAGAACCUGCUCAGACAAACGGCGAAAAAAGUGAAGAGAAAUUUGCUCAGGUUGUUGAGGACGAUCUACGCACAGAGAGGAAGCAGAUCGAGAGGCCCUCUGGAGAGUCCGCUACUGAGAAAGCGAAGCCGGAAUUGGUAGUCGAAAAUGACUCAAACUCAAAAAUGCCAUCUCCGGACAGACUUUACUUGAAGGAAACGAACACUGAGAGAAAGCAAUCUAAUCAGGCGCCCCACCAGAAAUCCACCCCGGUGACGCCGAUAUCUGCCAAGUCAUUCACGAAGGACAGCUUUGACAUGAGUCGCAGCUUUCCGCUGACGAAGGACCGGAGCGGCAACAGCUUGGACGAAAUGAAUCCGUGCUUGGACCAGUUCCGGCACAUGAAUCUUGUCGACAGUUCUUCCACUCCUUCACUCAAUCGAUCCACGGAAACGAGCAGCCAAAAUUUCGCUCCGUUGUUCGCGCAUAGGCGGGUGUAUAGGUCGAAUUCACGGUCGAGCACAGUCAACGACGACCGCCCGAGUCAGAUCCAAAACCACGUCAACUCCAUCCGGUCUGCUUACAGGGAAAUGGCGCCGCUGCCGGUGCAGAAGGGCUACGGUGACAGUGGCGCCAGUUCGUACUACUCGAACGCGCCGGACAUCGCUCAGCCGUUGCAGCAGACGCAGAUGAUGUUGCUGAUGUCGUGCCAGCAGCAGCUGCAAAUGCAGCAGAUGGAACUGGCCACGUUACGGCAGUUGUGCCAGCGUCUGUCAGAACCUCGUGCCGCUGCACCUUUCCUUCCUCUUCCGUCACCGUCUCCAGCAUCACAGCCUGACAGCAGACACGUCAGAGCUAGUUCCUGUGGCCCGGAUGGCUACGCGAUGACCGCUGCUGGCGAGCCAGCAUCUGGUCAUGACACCGGAUCGUUCUGCCCCAAUCCUUCAUGUCCGCAUUACGUGCCUCCGACGUAUGCAGCAUCGGACUUGUGUCGUCAUGGCUGUCGUCACCUGUCAGAUUACAACGUUUCCCCGUCUUACGUGGACGUCGACCAGACACGGUCGGUAGCGAGACCUUUUCAGGAGCGCGAGCGCACUAGCGGGCGUCGUAUCUACGGUCGACGGUGCCCACCGGAGCGUGGCCGAUCCCUGGAUCGCCCGGGCAGCUUCUGUCAUCGUAACAUCAACGACGCCCCCGUUCCAAACUACUACUACAACGAACCGCUGCGAAGUGGUCUUCGUCGAAGCGUGUCCUCACACGGAAACUUUUCGUCCAACGGAAUGGCGUUCCAGCACCAGCAUCAAGCAGACGUGGCCCCGGCCGACGACAGGACCAGUGUAAAGUGCGUAUCAGCAACGUUACUGACCGAAUCGGAAGCGUACAAAGAGCGAAUGUACCACGAGGUGGCGAACCUGAUCGCCCAAUACGAACAUCGUCCCGAGUUGCUGUUGAGGCUGUUCCGUGAACUACAAUCGAUUCCACCCAACAGCCAGACGGCCACACUGCGGAACAUCGUCGCGAACGCCGCCGCUAGCGAAGCCAGCGACCACCCAUCGUUGACACACGAUGAACCGCUGACCAUAACUGCUGAUCGACCUGGUUAUCGCAAUGAUCUUCAGUCGCAGUACGAAUACGUCGUCGCUGCAGCCGAGGCGAGGUCUAAGGAUUCGUUCGGCGGUGGCCGUCGCGGCAGCGCUGAUGAGACUGACCGCGGCCGCGAACAGGCGGCGUUAGUGCAGGAAUGGGCAACUCCUGAAAGUGCAGUAGCUAAUCACCAGGAGGCUAGCCAUUUUAAACGAAACAGUGACACCCAGAGCGAGCGCAAGAUCGGCAUAGCUAAGAUCGAGCAUGAAAUGCACUACAUCGACGAGGACCUGGCGAAUAUACUCGACGGCCAUGAAACGUUCGUCCUCGACCAAGAGUUUUUAUUCCUGAUUCGAGAGACGUUGGUACAGAACCUGGUGAAGCGAAGUGCCAUUCAAAGCGUCAGCAAGUCUUUCUUUCGUCAUCAGAUCUCGUCAAUUCUCGAUGAUUCGUUCAGCAAGUUUGUGGGACGACGGUGA